CCACCAGGCACCCCCAACUACCGAUGAUAUCCACACGCAAUAUGGAUCUGGCCAACAUGGUCAAUGAUGACUCUAGGGCGGCAGGCAUAUCCGGUUCCAGCCCGAAGAUGACUGCCAAGUUGGCCCGUAAAAGAGCCAGAGAUCGCCGAGCACAACAAGCCAUGCGUGACCGUACCAAAACGCAACUCGACGCUCUGAGAAUCCAAGUUGCCCAAUUAUCCCAGCAGUUGGAUGCCCGGAAAGGGAAGCCUACUACCGCCACUUCGCCCGGCCUUCCCUCGCCACGCCACGUCGACGAACAUGCUCAGCUGCGAAGGGAGAACGAGCGUUUGAGGCAUCAAUUGGCUCAGGCACGCCAGAUCACAAUGACCAGCACCGCCGCCACUGCCGCCGCCGCCGCCGCCGCCGCUACGGCCGCACCUUCGCCCCCUUUCUCUCAUGGAGUCACCCUCGACCCUUCCAUUUUGGAGUACUGGUCCUCUGAAAUUGACACCCUCCCCAAGAAAGUUGCAUGCCUGUACAUCAUCUCGAACGUGCUCAAUUGGCUCGUUUUCCAGACAAGAGAGGCCUUUGAGCAAAUGCCCACAUGGCUAAGACCAUGUCCGGCCCAGAUGGAGAUUCCACAUCCGGCGUGGAUAGACCGUGUGCAGUGGCCGAGGGUGCGCGAUUACCUUGUUCGCCACCAAGACAUCACCUUCGAUGAAUACACCGAUGCUUUCUCGCUCGCGUUUGACGUAGAUUGGCCGUAUGAUGAUGAACUCGUGAUUCUGGUAGAAGAGUCUCCGGGAUCAGCAACGAAGCGUUACAGGAUCAAUCCUGUGUUCGAGGAGCACAUUCGCAAUUUGAGCCAUUGGACAGUAGGGCCAAGGUAUUGGCAGCAUUAUCCUGCCUUGGGAAAAGCCGUAGAUGAAGAUAUACGCG